AUGGUUAAUAAUAUAUUUGACGAAGUUUUUCAAUCACGUUAUGGCCGAAAGAUACUUCAAACUGAUUCUUCAUCGUCAUCAUUUGAUACUUCUCAACCAUCAUUCAUUGCUCUAUUAUGUCUAAUUUCAAUUCUUACACUUGCUUUUGUAAUAAUUGUUAUUAUACUUUGUUAUCGACAUUAUUCUCAUCAAGAACGGAAAUUCAAAUGUCAAUAUAAACCUAGUAAUAAAUUUAAAAAAAACUUUUCUGUAGAAAAUAAUCAACAAUUAAUUGUACCAAUAACAAUGACACCAACAUCGGCAUAUUCUGUUCGAUCAACUGAUCAAUUAUUUUCUAUUUAUUAUGAACCUGAUCAAACUUUAUCAAUUGAUAAAUUACCAUCACGUUGUAUACAACAACCAAUAAUAGAUGCUUAUUUAAAUGAUUUAAAUUCAUUUCAACCAUCAAAACUUGAUGUUAAACAAUUAAAAUCAUAUUUAUUUAUUGAUCUUCAUUCAACAUCAAGUGAAACAUAUCCAGAUAAUAUGUCAAAAGAAUUUAAGAAUAAUACAAUAACUACUACAUAUAAUAAAUCGAUUGAAAAUGAAAAUCAAAGAAUUUAUUAUGAAUAUCUUAAACAACAAAAACAACGUCGAUCAAUAUUAAAAUUAAAACAAUCAUCUAAUCCUCGUUUUAUUAUGCGUGAACGAUCUUUACCAAAUAAUCUUCAUCGACUUCCACAACUUCGUCAAACAAGUAGUAUAAAACAACAACAAAGAAAUUUAUUUCAACACAAUAAUAUAAAUAGUAGUACAGCAACUAUUAUUAAUCAAGAUCUUCAAUCAAAUCAUGUAUCAAAUAUAACUGAUGAUUAUGAUAAUAGUCAUGCUUAUCAUGUUAAUCAAAAUCAAAUAAUGCAAACAAUCAAUGAAGAAAAACCAUCAAAUAUUCCACAAUAUUUUUCUCAUACAUUUGUUUCUCCUUUUCGUCUUCAUUAUAAUCAAGAACCAUGUUGUUUUGAAAAAGUUUCAACUUCACAUGGUGAUGAUAGUGAUAUUGAAUUACCAUAUCAAUCUUUUCCUACUCUAGGUAAAGGAAUCACCUAUAUUAAUGAUUCAAUUCUUGUAUAA